AAGACGCUUUGUAAUCCCAGCAGUCAAUGGAGGGGGUGUCGCUCGGUCCAUAUGCACUUCUACACCGAGGGGGGAUACUUGGUGAAAAAAAAGGGAAUCUUUGAAGUUUUGAUGCAAACAAAUGUACACGUGUAGGUUCCCGUCGUUGUAAGGGCACUCGGAUACCUCUUGGAAAGUUGGACCAAACUCCAGAGGAGCUGAAUAGGAUGACAACAGCACCUCGGUGUUGGCACUCAAACCAAACAAACACAAGUGUCGCGGUUCCCACGGGAAACGCACAACACGGAUGAGGAUCAUGGGGCAGCCUGAAGGCGUGCGCCGGCGUCUCGACCUCGAACUUAAUCCCCCCCCGGGGGACGUCAGACACUUGGAGGUCGUACGCGGUCGCGCCGGCUACGGCUUCACGGUGACGGGCCAGGGCCCCUGCCUGCUCAGUGCCAUCCUGGAGGGUGGCCCCGGCGCGCAGGUGGGCCUGAAGCAAGGAGACCGCCUCCUGGCCGUCAACGGCGCCGACGUUUCCCACCUCCCCCACGAGACCGUGGUUCAGUUGAUUGGCACCUGCUGCAACGGCCCCCUGCGAUUGGCCGUGCUGGCGGAAGGGCGGAGCCCGGGGACGCCCGCUAUCGACGAGGACGAAUGCGAUGGAAAGGAUCUGUACCGAAAGGCCGGUGUGUUCCGCACCCUUUCGGAUGACCCGGCCCCUCCGUCGGUGUGUAGCCCGGGCGAGACCAAGCCGCGGCCGGUGUCGGAGCCCGACUUGUCGCGCUGGGCCCAGCGGUUGGACUCCCUGGUGGAGCGGCCCCAGGAGGAGGGCACGGAGGACGGGGACUCGGUCUGCAGCGACCCCGAGGAGGCCGGCGCGGACUGGAGCCUCCUGAACAUGACCAUGGUGGUGGGCUACCUGAGCUCCACGGAGCUCCUCCUGAGCCACGUGGAGUCGGAGGAGUCCUGCCUGGAGGCCAUCCGCCAGUGCAUCCGCCAGCUGGGCACGGAGCAGGACACCCACACGCUGGUGCUGAUGAAGGUCAUGUUCGACUGCGUGCGGCUCUGCGACGACGCCGGGGCGGUGCUGGCGGCGUUCCCCGCCGAGAACCUGCUGCUGGGCGCCGUCUGCGCCGAGGACGGCCGCUUCUUCUGCCUGGUCACCACGGCGCACGUCUCCGACGUCCGGCCCCCCCAGGAAGGCCCCCUCCGGGCGUCCUGCCACGUCUUCUUUGUCGACCCGGAGCUGGGCUGCCACCGGGACCACAUGGCGAUCGCCGGGCGCUUCGGGUUCCGCUGCACCCCGGACCCCGACGCGGCGGGCUGCCUGGAGUUCCCCCCGGCCCCCCAGGAGGUGCUCCACUUUGUGUCGGUGCUGUACGGCGACAUGGGGGAGGCGGUGGAGCGGAUCCGGGUCCGGCUGGACGCGGAGGCCCUGCCGCCGGCCGCGGAGGACGAGGACGAGGACGUGGACGAGGAGGGGCGGGGCACGGGCAAGGGGGGCAGCGCCAGCAGCACCGGAGACAGCGGCAUCGGGAACGCCUCGCCCCCCGAGGAGCGGACGGAGCGGGACUUCCCCCCAUUGGCCGAGGCGCCGGGUGGGAGCCACGCGGGGGUCCACCUCCCCAGCUGUCCCUGGGAUUACCCGGCGGAUGAAGAGCUCGCCCCGCGGGGCCGGGCCCAGACCACCCCCAGCCUCUGUAAUCCCGACAGCCAGCUGGACGAGGGCUUCCCCCUCACCGAGUCCCUGCCCGGGCCGGACGCCCUGAGCGGCUUCUACGGAGGCCCGCCCCCCAGGCUCGAGUUCCAGUUCAAGCCCCCGCCGCCUCCCCUGCCUCCCGGGAAGAAACAGAACUUUCUCCGGGGACCGCUCAGAAACAGCCAGAGGUGGUUCUCCAGGCAGAAGGGGCCCAAAGGACACAGCGGGGCCCCGGAGCCCAAAACAACGGUGGCGGCUAACGUCUGGCCCUCCAGCGUUAGCCUUGCCGGCAUUAACGCCAACUUCCUGCCACCGCCCAUGAGCCACAUCAAUACGGACGGCUAUGGUCUGGGCAACCCCGGCGCGAUGCUGCCUCCCAAAGAAGACUGGACCAAAAGGUUCCUGGAACAGAGCACGAGACACGCGAAGGAAGGCCACAACAAAGGCCCCAGGUCGUGGAGCAAGGGGGCCCGUUCGUCCGGCCGCCGCCCGGGACAACGGCUCAGCAUGGCGCGCUCCCUGGACGACCUUGAGGUAGGCACACAGUGGAGGCGUCUAGACCGGAGGGACACCAGGGACUGUUGCGCUGUUGUACUCACCGGGCUUGGGUGUUCUGCUCCUCAGAGCGGAGAGAGUCAGCCCUUGGACCUCGGAGCCCCCAUCUCCAGCCUGGACGGGCUCCGCGUGGUCCUGGAGAGGGCGGACCCGGCCUCCGGGAAAGCAGAGUCCAAGUCCAAGUCCAACUCCCUAAAAGGCUACCCACCCACCAGGAGCCUGUCUGCCACGGGCGACGAGAGGCCCUCGGGGAAGGACUUCUCCCUGAGGGCGGGCGGAGCCGACGCCGCCGCGCUCCCUGGGGAGAAACGCAAGCAGAAAAAGAUUAAUAUAGACGAGGCGGAAGAAUUCUUCGAGCUCCUGAGCCGCGCGCAGAGCAGCCGCGCCAACGACCAGCGCGGCCUCCUCAGCAAGGAGGACCUGGUGCUGCCCGACUUCCUGCGGCUGGCCCCUCCCACUUCCUCCGCCUCCUCCACCCCCGACGCCGCCGCCCGCCAGCGGGGCCGGGAGAACGGCCCCCGGGGGCCCUUCGGCUCCAGCCUGCGCUCGGAGAGCCUGGACUCCCCGUUGGGGGGCCCGGGCCCCGGCGCCGGCGCCGGGGGCUCCGACGGACACUCCGGGGGGCCCUCUCGGCGGGCCCUGCUGCCGCUGCCGCGCCACCCGCCCUUCGGCACCCACCUGUCGCCCAUCGCGCGCCCCCCCGAGCCCCCGCCGCGGGGGCUGCGCACGGUGGAGGAGGACCUGACUCUGACGGGCGAGGGCGACAUCAGCAGCCCCAACAGCACGCUGCUGCCGCCCUCGCCCCCCCCCCCCGCCAUCGGCGCCGCCGCCGCCGCCUCGCCCCUCUGCGACCGCAGCCUGCCGGAGGCCAACUUCACCCCGCCCCCGCCCUGCACCCGCACCCCCCUCGCCGCCGCCGCAACAGAGAGAGCACCAGACCCGUGUGCUCACGUGGGCUCCGGCCCCCAGCCGACGGCGCCGUCUCUGGGGGCCCCCGAGGGCCAGACGACGGCGUCGGUGACGGUGACCCCCUCAGCCCCCCCGGAGAUGGGGAUGGACAUGGAGGGGGUGCGCCUGGAGGAGGGGGUCCCCCUGAGCCCGUCGGUCCGGGGGGCCGGGGGGGGGGUCUGCCCUGAGCUCAGCCUCAGCUUCCAGGGCUACGUGGAGGAGCUGCGGCAGUGCCAGAGCAAGAUGAGGAACGCCCAGGGGCCCCAGGCCGGGGGCCCCAGCGAGGACCCCAAAGGGGACCCCUACAAGGCCACCAUCGUCUGAGGAGGGACCCCCCCCGAACCACCCGCAACACUCCUGCACUUUGUACGCCCCAAGGCACUAGGAGAGGAAGAGUGACUGACUGACUGACUGACUGACUGACUGACUGACUGACUUUCUGGCCAACUUUCCGACCGACUUUCCGACUGCCUUCCUGACCGACUUCCUGACCGCCUUUCUGACCGAUGUUCUGACUGACUGACUGACUGACUGACUGACUGACUGACUGACUGACUGACUGACUGACUGACUGACUGACUGACUGACUGACUGGAUGGAUGAAUGGAGGGACGGAUGGAUGGAUGAAGGAAGCGCCUGUAAAAAAAGAAACGGUGACAGAUACCCACUCCCAAAGAACAUUCACCUAUCUGACUUGAUGGUGGUCGAUGUUGUUGUACAUUUUGUUGAGUUGUUCUUUGCUGAAUUUUGUUACUACUAUUUUCUGUGUAGUGCUGUUGAUACUUCAGUGGUGAUACUUAUUGUUGUAUCGACCCGGUAUUCUUUAGACUCCUUUAGGCAACAAAAAAAAUCGAUGAAUCAAGUUGUUGUUACAAAUCCAGAAUCCAGAUACCAGAACCCCCUCCCCCCCCCCUUUUUUUUAAACGAGAAACAGGACAAGCAAAAUCUCCAUCUCUUUCAGUGUUUCUCUGUUUUCUGCUUAUCUUCCUCGCUGAUAGUACAAUGAACUACAUGACGGUAUUUUUCCUCGCCUGUGGUUGGGUUUUAUGUGACUCGUUAGUGGCUUCUAACUUGGUUGUUGAAAUAUUCUAAAUUAAAAUAUGUUGACUUGAAAUGAA